CACUCCAGCUGAUCGGCCCAGGAUUCCCCGGUGGCUCUGCCUGUCGUUGGCUUCGGCGACUCCAAUGUUUCACCGUCUAUUUAAACUGUUAUAAUCUAACGGAGGCAGUGGCCGCUCGUGUCGGCAAAUCGUUCCCCGUCUAGUGAACAUAUCUGAAGGACAAUCUGGCCGGGGUAUUGCCUCUGUACGUGUCAAAGACAGGGGGAUCUGAACGCAAAGGCCCUCACUCCAUCCCCGGAUUCACCUGCUACGCGGAGAGCCUCACGCGGAAGACCGAUAUGGGGGACACGGGGCGCGAGGGCAGCAAGCCUCCGAGUAACGUUAACGUGAUUCCCCCGCGAUGCCACUGUGGUUUCUGGGGGUCGAGCAAAAAUAAGAAUCUCUGCUCAAAAUGCUUUUCAGACAUUCAGAAGAAACAGCCAGACAAUGAUUGUGCCCCAAAGGCCUCCUCAAGCUCCAGUAGCCAAGCAGACGUCUUCUGUAACGAACCAAACAGCAACAUUAGUCAGACACUGAUGUCGAUGCCAAAAGCAUCAGAGGACCCGUCGCCAGAGGAGACGGGAGCGCCAUCUCUACCCGCUCAGGACGGUAAGACAGAAGAAGCAUCGAGCACAGACACAGUCUUCACUUCACUCUCCACUCCAAAAAAACGCUCCUUUGAGUCAGCCUCAGAGUCAGAAAGCGAUGUUUCACCCGAGAAGCGAGCAAGAGUGGGGGACGUGCCAGAGGGUGAGGAAUCUUCAUCGUCAUCUAUGUCUGCAUCGUCAUCAACCUCGUCUCGCAGUGGCUCCAAACAGCGGAGCCGCAAACGUUGCCAUCGCUGCCAAACCAAACUGGAGCUGGUUCAGCAAGAGCUGGGUUCCUGUCGCUGUGGCUAUGUCUUCUGUAUGCUCCACCGGCUCCCGGAGCAACACGAGUGUCUGUUCGACCACCUGGGCCGGGGGCGCCAGGAGGCGGUCCUGAAGAUGGUGAAGCUCGACCGCAAGGUGGGCCGCUCCUGCCAGCGCAUCGGAGAGGAGUGCUCCUGAGUCUCCGUGGUCGGGCGGUGUCUUAGCACCAACAGGGAUCUGAUUUGAAAUUUCAGUUUUCUUCUCAUUUUUGUUUAUCAACAUUUUUGCAGGUUUUUUGGAUACAAACCUCCACACUUUUCUUUUAAAUUAUGCUCGCUCUUAUGAAUUGCCCCUGUUACCCACACUCGUUUGUGUUCUGCUUGAUCAUAUCCCUGCUGCUAAGACGCCUUUUGGAAAAUCCAAACCCAGAAACGACAGAACAAUACAGAGCAACAGGAAACAUACCAUUUCUUCACUUUUUUUGCAACUCCUGAAAACUCAAGUGUGAGCAGAGUACGAAGGAAGAAAAGGACGAUGAGAAGAUAUCAAAUGCUUUGCACAGGUGUUUGUCCCAGAAGCCAGUUUCUAUACUAUAUAACUAUACUCUUUACCUCAAAAAAUGAAAACAAAGAAUGAAAAGAAGGGGGAGAAAAGGAUUGUUACCCUUUGUGUACACUUCUGCUAUGGCGCUGUGCUCUUUACCUCAAAAUCAGACAGAGCUGCUUUGUACUCCAAGCAUGGACUUUGUGAAGCAAGCCAGACUCAGUUUCAGUCAGUGUCUUACCCCCUGGCCGUCCACUACCCAUAAUCCUUUAGAAAGACCUGUUAAUCAUCCACCUCAGGUUAUCAGGAUAUUAAACCCUCCCCUCACUGACUUGCCUCCCUCUCUCCUUCCCCUACAGACACCUUUUUACUCCUUUUGUUUGGUUUAAGAUUACUCUGGAAACGUUUCUUCUCUGUGGACGAUGACACCGCGUCGGUAACUCCAAUAUUCAGGACUUGCGUUAUGAGAUGGACUCAAACACAUGACGGUGGUGGGAGUGAGCUGGUGUCCUGAGAUCGCACACGGAUCUGUGUUCAAUGCUCGGAUGUGAUUUAUCGAGGCUUGAUUUCCUCUGUCUUCCUCUUUUUGUCUCUCUCUCUCUUUACUCCCUCUUACAUAAGGACAUGUCUUCUGUUUCCAGCAACAUGAGGUUUACAUGUGCUGCUGUGUACAAACAAGCAGGAAGACAACAUUUACAGGGCAUGUCUUAUAUUAAAGUGUGCGUAUGAUUCAUGACUGGACCUGAAAUGUCUACAUUGUACACUUCCACACAUCUUAGAGCUUUCCAAACACACACACACACACACACACACACACACACACACACAGACACAGACACAGACACAGACACACACACACACACACACACCUUUUAUGUUUUUUGUUCUCAGCGGUUCACAUUGAGGGCAAGAUUGCUGUACACGUUGAGUUUGGGCUGAAGCUGAGCUGGCAGAGCGUCACUCAGAGCUUCCUGUUUUAAGAUGGGUGAUGGUUAUUGUAGUUCAGGUUUCUAAUAUUGUCUUCAAUUAUCCACAUUUUGAAGGGGAUUUGAUAAAAGACUGUUCUUGGGUUUUCAGCACUUCAAUGCCCCAUGUUUUCAUUUCCAGCCAGCAUGAUGAACUCCCAUGCGUUCUCCUUCUCCUGCCUUUCACUUUCUCAUCUCGCCCCUUAUUGAUUGCUCUAUUUCUCCUUAUUUCAGCCGCUCCGUCUCCCCUCCUCCCCCCUCUCUCUUGCUAUAGAGAGGGAGGAGGAGGAGGAUAGGGCGAGCAGAGUACUGAAAGUUAAAAUCAGCAAAUAAUGACUUUCCAAAUGUUUUCCUGGUGGACUAUGGAAGGGAUGAAGAGAAAAUGCAUAAUGAAUGAAUAUUCUGUAUCUUUAAAGAAAACCUUAUUUAACUCCUUUUUGCUUUUCACUUUUAAGUGUAGAGCUGCUUUUCUUUCUGGUUGUAAUGUGGUUAUAAAAUGGGAAGAUGAAAGUGGAAAAAUUCUAUAUUUUUGUUUCCAUUGCUUUACUUAAUGCUUACCCUUUUCCAACAGUUUAUUUUACUGAAAAGAAUAAACUGGAUUAGACAAA